UUCGAUUGAAUGUAUAUUUCUUUUCUACACGUGGGUUUGUUAUUUUGUGUGGGAAUUGUAAUUAAAAAUUUUAAUAUUUAUUUUAUAGUAAAUAUGGGCCGCAUGAGAAAACGAUUUAAUGCUAAAGCUAGAUCAGGAGGUAUUACAAAUCCCCAGCCUCAAAGAUCAGAGGAGGAAAUUAAAAUAGAAUUGGAUAUUCAGCAGGACAAAUUUGAUCGAAGUAAUCCUCUUGUGCUUUCAACUUCAAAGAAAAAAGUACCUAAUAUUGAAGAGAAAACUCAACCGACUCCUAAAAUCUUGUCAAAAAAACAAAAGAAAAAACUUCAGAAAGUUUUGGAAAAGAAAAAACGAAAGCUUAAUAGGAAUGAAUUACUUGAAAAGCUAAAAGAAGUUCAAGCAAAACCAGAAGAGUUGCAACAACUUACAUCAACCUCUUGUAUGCAAACAUAUGGAUUGAAAAGAGUAGUUUGUGAUUCUUCUGAAAAAGCAUCACUCAAAAGACCUAUGAAAAUAAAUACUAUCAAAGGAGCUAACAAAAAAGCAAAGUUGGAUGCCAAAUCCAUACCUUUUUCUUCAGAUUCAGAAAUUUCAGAUUCAGGGGAGAGUGAAAAAGACAUUUUAAAUCGUGAUGAAAAAGACAAUACAAAGACAGAUUUAGCAAAUAUAGAAAAAGAACAGAGACAUUCUGGGAAAGUUGUUGAAGGCAUUGAAUUAGAAAAAAUUGAUUCAAUAGAGACUCAAAAUUCAAAAGACGAUCAGUUGCAACUUGUGAGCACAGUUAAAGAGCCUGAAGAAAAGAUGCUUAAUUUGAAAAGAACUCAAGAAGUUAAAAUCGUGCCUACUGUUUUUAUACCUGUUAACCGAAAACCUGAAAUUCAGGCUGACAGAGAAGCUCUCCCAGUUUACUGUGAAGAGCAGUCUAUUAUUGAAGCUAUCAAUGAAAAUCCUGUAGUUAUAAUUCAUGGUGAGACUGGCAGUGGUAAAACUACUCAAGUUCCUCAGUUUUUGUAUGAAGCUGGCUUCACUCAAAAUAAUAAAAUGAUUGGGAUUACUGAACCUCGUAGAAUAGCAGCCAUGACUAUGGCUGCUAGAGUUGGUGAAGAAUUGAAUAUGCCAGAAAAGGUAUCUUAUCACAUAAGGUAUGAGAAAACUGUGAGUAAAGAUACUGAGAUAAAGUUUAUGACAGACGGUGUGUUAUUAAAAGAACUGAGACAUGAUUUCUUUUUGACAAAGUAUUCUGCCAUUAUUAUUGAUGAAGCACAUGAAAGAUCUGUUUUUUCUGAUGUACUCAUUGGCCUUCUAUCAAGAAUUGUGAGAAUAAGAGAAAAGAGAAAAGAUCCCUUGAAGCUUAUUAUUAUGUCUGCCACUAUUCGUGUAGAAGAUUUCACUGAUAAUCCAAGACUAUUUAAAGAUCCACCUUUUUUGAUUCAGAUCACCUCACGACAGUAUCGCGUGCAAGUUCAUUUUGAUCUCCAUACUCCUGAAGAUUAUGUUGAAGCUGCUUACAAUAAGGUGUGCAAGAUUCAUAAUCGCCUUCCUGCUGGAGCAAUAUUGGUAUUUCUGACUGGAGAAAAAGAAGUACAAAGACUUUGUAAACUGCUCAGAGAAGCUUUUCCUUUUAAGAAUAGAACAGCAAAGUGCACAAAGGAAAAUGAGAUGUCAUCCAAUUUAACCGUUCCUGCGAAAAUCAGUCGCAAAAAGAAAAAAUCGGCAAUGGAACAAAGUGAUUCGUUUUGUUCCCUUCCUCCUGAUAUUAAUUUGGAUGACUAUUCUGUUGAACCUCUGAAUACUGAAGAACUUCAACAUCAGCAAUCAGACAAUGAGGAAGAGGACUAUCCUAAUGAACAUAUCAUUAAAAAAAACUUUGAAAAUGCUUCUCCUCUGUAUGUGUUACCAUUGUAUUCCAUUUUGCCAUAUAAAGAGCAAGAGAAGGUAUUCAAACCACCCCCUGAAGGCUCACGUUUGUGUGUUGUUGCUACAAAUGUUGCUGAAACAUCUAUAACUAUUCCUGGCCUCAAAUAUGUUGUUGAUUCUGGCAAGGUCAAGUCAAAAGUGUAUAACAACACUGGUGGUGGAAUUUCAAAAUUUGAAAUUGUCUGGUGUUCCAAGGCAUCAGCCAAUCAGAGAGCUGGACGUUGUGGGCGUACAGAAGGAGGACACUGCUAUAGGUUAUAUUCUUCAGCUGUGUUUGAAAAUGAAUUUCCAGACUUUUUGUUACCUGAAAUUCAAAGGAUUCCAGUGGAUGAUGUUCUACUUCAGAUGAAAGCUUUGGGAAUUGAUAGAGUUGUGGAAUUUCCUUUUCCUUCUCCUCCUGAUAAAGAAUCCUUAAAGGCAGCUGAAAAACGGUUGGUAAUCUUGGGAGCUUUGCAAAAUUUAGCAAAAGAAAAUCUAUAUAAAGAUCUCGAAAAAUGGGAAUAUUCAGCCAAAGUGACUCCCCUUGGCAAAGCUAUGUCACGUUUCCCUCUCAGUCCACGAUAUGCAAAAAUGUUGCUACUAGCAUAUAAAAAUAAAUGUGUGCAAUACAUUGCUGCCAUCGUGUGUGCCCUGACUGUUCCAGAUUUAUUUCUAACUUCUUCAACUACAAUGGAGACAAAUGAUGGAGAAGAAGUUGUGAAAGUGACCAAGGAAGGCAUUAAAAGAAUUGGCACAGGAAAUUCAGCACAAUUAGGGGAUGUGAUGGUUCUUCUACGAGCUGUAGCGCUAUAUGAAAAUUCUAAGAAUGGUGUGAAGUUUUGCAUACGUAAUGGAAUUCGACAUAAAGCCAUGGUUGAAAUACACAAAAUGUCUAUGCAGCUUCUUAAAGAAAUGAACCGAGCCUUCCCAGAUGCAGCAAUAGUUGAAGAUAUGAGACUAAGUCCUCCAGAUGAUGAAACAGUGGACACCAUCAGAAAAAUUGUUACUUGCUGUUUUAUUGAUCAAAUAGCAAGAAAAAUUCCUCAUGAUGAAGCAAAAGGUGAAAAGACAUUAAAAAAUGCAUACAGGUGUCUGGAAUGUGAUGAAUUAGUGUUUAUACAUCCUUCCUCAACACAAUUUGAAAGGCUUCCUGAUUAUGUCACCUACAAUGAACUAUCACACACUUCAAAAUUUUAUAUGAAAGGUGUAGUUGAAAUCGAUGUGGAAUGGCUCCCUGCUUUUGCUCCUGAUUUGUGUCAUCUGAAUGCUCCCCGUGAGGACCUCCCUCCAAAAUAUGAUAGUACCAAAGAUAAAAUAUUCUGCUAUAUGGACGGAACUUUCGGUCCCUUGGAUUGGGAGUUGCCUCUGGUGCAUAUGGAAAUGCCCAAAGGAAUUCACAGAUUUACUUGGUUUGCAUAUUUCUUCCUGGAUGGGCAGAUUUGUCCUGCCAUCCAAAGUUAUAGAAAGGAUCUUUUUGCUCUCCCUUCCAUCAUACUGAAAUCUUGGGCAAGACUGCAGCCGAGAACUCGCUACUUUUUGCAGGCUAUCAUUGAACGAGAUGUGGACUCAAAGGAAUCUUUAAAGAAGGCAUGGCAGAAGGAUACAAAAUUUUUGUUGAGAGAAUUCUGGGAGUGGCUGCCUUCUAGUAAAUACUUUGAAGUUGAAUUGAACUGGCCUCCUGAAAUGUUAUAAAGGACAAUGUUAUAAGGAGCAUUUUGAAAAUCGAAUUUGUGUAUAUAGAAUGUUU